AUGGCUCUGAAAUACACUGACAAACGAGAUGUGCACAUGCUGUCAACAAUUGAUAAGUUCUCCAUGGCCGAGCCCCCUAAGAAAAAAGCGCACAUCACUGAUACUAUUCUCAAGCCAGUUUGCAUUUUGAAUUAUAAUAAAAAUAUGGGGGGUGUAGAUCACACUGACCAACUUUUGAGCAGCACUGAGAGUGUGAGGAGGACCGUCAAAUGGUACAAGAAAGUUUUUUUUCAUCUUCUGGACAGCUCUAUCUUGAACGCACAUGUUCUUUUUCAAUUAGUGACUAACAAAAAAGUAUCUAUUUAUGAGUACAAGCUGAAGAUAAUUGAGCAGCUCAUUGAGCAGCAACAAGGACCAAGGAGACGACCAUCAGGUGGAAAACCAUCGACAAGUGAAACACCCCUAAGACUACUUGGACGCCACUUUCCAACCUUCAUUCCACCUACUGAAAAGAAGAUAUCCGUCGCCC